AUGAGGCUUCUCCUCUGCAUCUCGCUUAUCCUCUCCAUCUCGCUUCUCCGAUGCGCAUCUCCUUCUCCGGUGGCUGUUUCGAGGAGACACGUAGAGUUUUUGAGGACGAAGCUCUCGUCGUCACUCUCUUUCAUAUCACCGGAGGAGACAGUUCGUUGCCGGAUCCGCCUUCCGCAUCAUCUCACGCAUCCGUUGCCGGAACCACCAGAUCUACAAUUGUUCUCCGCCCUUUCUCCAACCGACUUCGCCUUUCCGAAUGUCCUCGGCGUUGCUGCCCGGGAUCUCUGCUCCGGAGUGAUUUCCGGUGACGAUCUGUUCCGGUGUGGUGUCUCCGAUGGUCCAUCGUGGAACACCGGCGUUCACUCUCGCUCCCCUCCAAACCACAAUUCCUUCCAAUCUCCAAGGCCCACUGUGUUUAUUGGAUGGGCUUGGCCCAAUAUGCCCUAUUUGGGUAGGCUUCUUUCAACUUGUUUUAAACCUGGCCCAAUAGUUUUUGUGGCUUAUCUAGACAGAUUGGUCUCAUCGCUUCUCCGAAGCUGCAAUGCCGGAAUGUUUUCAACUCCUCAUGUGUGGGAGAUGUUUAAUAUUUCACCCUCCUCCGUUGGCAUGGAGAGAUCGUUUCCACCCUCCUCCUUUCACAAGGAGAGAAGUUUUCCACAUCCUUCCUUCUCCAUGAGAAGUGGACUCUUCUCGGUUUCAAGACUGAGUAAGUUUUACAACAUUCUCACCGUUUUGUCAUCUUAUGUAAUGGUUUGUCGUGGAUCUAAAGGUGCAACUGGUUUCGCUUCGUCGUAUUCCGGAGGUAGAAGUUGGUUUUCAACGUCAAAGUCACAUUCAAUUGUGUCUAGACUACAUCAAUCCGGCUUGGCCGUGAUUUCUCUUCCGACGCAUUUGAGCUUUGCUUAUAAUCUGCUGUCAUAUAAAGAUCUAUCUAUCUUAUGCUUUAAUGUUUUUACUUGUUAUGGUAGUUUUCAAAGAGGAUGGUUCAUUCUCUCUAAGUUAUGUAACACCCAAGCUUAA